AUGGAGUGCAUCAAAAACUGCUGCAAAAGGUUCAGUAAAAAGCGAGGGAAGGAGACCGAUGAGACUGAAGACAUUGCUGUGCAGAUAGCCCCUAGCAGACCAGCACCCUCCAACAUUGAUGGGAUCAACAAAGACUACCUUCUGUCCAAGAUGCCCACUGAUGGCAAGGAGGUCCCGUUUGUCCUGCCCACAUUGAAGGCAUUGUACGUGCAGCCCGGAGCCACCAAUUCACACAACCUUCGGUUUGGAUUUCCAGGUCCGGCCCGCUGCACUUAUGCGCAGAGGAAAGCCGAGCUGCUGGCUGCUGCCACUCCAUUGGCUUACAGCUGCGAGUCCAAUCUGCACGCUGUCACCGCAGGAACAGAAAGUAUCUCGGCAAACCUGAACCCCCGAGACAAUGAGAGAUACAAAAACUCCUCAGAGUCUUUCUCUGUGUCGGGUGACGACCUGGGGAGGUUGUGUGUUCGACUGAGCUACCAGGAGGAGAAGGAGCAGGUGUGGAUCACCUUGGUACAGUGUUCACAACUCAACCUGCCGGUCAACAUAGCGCAAAAGCCAACUAUCCGGAUUAAAGGCAUCAUCAAACUUCCAAAAGCGAUCCACUUCAAGACCUCCGUUAAGGAAUACUGCAAGGAUGCAAACUUCAUGGAGACCUUUGUGUUCGCGUUGAGCUUGCAGACCCUCCGCCGCAGCGCCCUGCUACUGAAGCUGCAGACACGCGGGGCUAAGACGCGCACAGCGGCCGAGUGCGUGCUGUCACUGCAGGGGCUUGGCCCACAGGAGACCGAGAAGUGGUUGCGCCUCCGCAAUCCGGGCGCGGCCUUGGGGGGAGGAUGUAAGCUGCAUCUGGCAACCUGCUUCCAGCCCAUCUGCAGGCGCAUGCAGGUCCGAGUCCUGGCCGCCCAAGACCUGCAGACUAGCUCUUCUUCCCUCCCGCGAGAGUUCGCGGUGACGGUGGAGAUGCGUGGAGCCGAGUGCCCGGCCAGCAAGGAGAAGACGCCAGCGCUCAAGGCCAUUGAGGGCCAGUGUCAGUGGGACGCCACCUUCUACUUUGACCUUGGCUCUCUCCAUCCGGCCUCUUGCCAGCUGUCAAUCAAACUUUUCAGCCGCAGCUCAAUCAAGAAGAAGCGAUGUGUCGGACAGGUCCAAUUGGGAUUUGAUGUACCCACUCCGGAAGCUGCGGAACAGUGGAAGGACACAAUUGAUCAUCCUGAGAAAGUGGUGGCGGUGUGGCAUGCUGUGACAUAA